UUCUUGAAGGGUGUUAAGCUAGCGAUCACUUUAAAGUAGGACUUUAGAUGAGGAGUCUAAGAUGUUUUCGGGUCUAGUUGUCAACUCUGGGGGUGAGGCUGCAAGAAAAGGCUUCUGUCAGACCUCGAGGUGUCUAAUUCAAGUGUCCCUUGCUCCUAGGUCCUCCAAUUUAUUUGUUCCCUUAGUUCUUAGAAAGAACUAUUGGUGAAGCAAGCCCAGAAAAUGAGGCCUUGGACUUUUAAAGAUCUCCUCCAAGCGGCGGGACCUAGGACGGAAGUCUUAGGGGAUUAAAUUUGGAUCAUACAGCUGAUGUCCAGUUACACGCAUGGGGAGAUACUCUGGAGGAAGCAUUUGAGCAAUGUGCAAUGGCCAUGUUUGGUUAUAUGACAGAUACUGGGACAGUGGAGCCCCUCCAAGCAACAGAAGUAGAAACCCAAGGAGAUGACUUACAGUCUCUUCUGUUUCACUUUUUGGAUGAAUGGCUUUAUAAAUUCAGUGCUGAUGAAUUCUUCAUAGCCCGGGAAGUAAAAGUACUUAAUAUUGAUCAAAGAAAUUUCAAAUUACGGUCAAUUGGGUGGGGAGAAGAAUUCUCAUUGUCCAAGCACCCUCAGGGAACUGAAGUCAAGGCAAUAACAUAUUCAGCAAUGCAGGUCUAUAAUGAAGAGAAGCCAGAAGUUUUUGUGAUCAUUGACAUUUAAGACACACACAAAAAAGAGACUCCCUACGAAGACCUGUUUUUUCUCUUCCUUUUGGGAAGAUACCAUGAUAUAAAUUCUACAGUAUCUUU